AUGUCAUUCCUCCAAUCUCUCUCAAAAACCGGUGCUUCAAAUUCCAACAGCACAACGCAAAACGAUAAUGCAAAGGUAUGGGCUGACCGGUUGGUACCCUCUGCAUCCUCGUCCUCAUCAUCGGGACCUCAACAAAAUACCUUUCGAUCGACGCCAUCAAAUAUCGAAUCUUUGGAGGAAUAUGAAUCAUUCAUAAGUCCGACAACUGAAUCGGGCAGGUUGGAGCCGGUGGGGCCGUAUUCUCUCCUCAACGACACAUUUUCGCCGGAUAUUGAAUUCCAAAAAUCGAUUGAUGGGCUGGAUGUUGUGGGGCUUUUGGAGGUGAUGGAUACGCAAGAGACGGGGCUGGAGGCUUUGAUGGCUGGGAGGGGAGGGGAGAAGGCGAUGCCGGUGGAAGAGGAGGUUGAGGAUCCGGUUGAGUGGUUGGGACUUACGAGAGGGGAGUAUACGGAUGAAGUUUGGGGGGAUAGUGAAAAGAUGGACAAGGGGAAGGGGAAAGAGACUAUUAAAGAAGAGGUUAAAGAGGAAAUUGUAGUGAAGGGAAAGAGGAAAGGAAAGGGGGUUUACAUGAAGGGACGACUGUGA